CCGGCGGCGACCGAUAGCGAGUGUCAGGGACGGCCGGGGCCGGGGCUGGGGCUUCAUCGGGCCAGCUGGGGCGGCGUUUCUCGGCCUGUCGCUGCUCGGGCUCGUGUUGUACCUGGUGCCGGCGGUGGCCGCGCUGGCCUGGCUGGCUGUGGGGGCUACCGCGGCCUGGUGGGGACUGAGCCGCGAGCCCCGCGGUUCGCGCGCCUUCUCGCUGGUUCGGAACGCGCGGCGUCAGCGGACACUGCUGGCCUCGCCUCCGACCAAGUCGGCGGUAAACGGAAACCUCCUUGAGCCGCGGACCCUCCUCGAAGGACCCGACCCUGCAGAACUGCUUCUGAUGGGCAGUUACCUAGGGAAGCCCGGCCCCCCGCAGCCUGCCCCCGCGCUGGAGGGCAGGGACUUGAGGGAGCGGCCUGGUCGCCGCCCACCCGUCCGCUCCCCGCAGCCUGCACACUCGGUCCCUCGCUUUCAGCACGCUCACCCCUCCUUCCCCUCUCCUCUUCGACCCUCUCGGAGACCUCACCGGGAUUGCGGGACGCUAUCAAAUCGGUUUGUAAUAACACCUCGAAGACGAUACCCAAUCCAGCAGGCCCAGUAUUCCUUGUUGGGGGUACUUCCCACAGUGUGCUGGAAUGGUUAUCAUAAGAAGACUGUGCUAUCUGCUCGCAAUUCCAGAAUGGUGUGCAGCCCAGUGACAGUGAGGAUUGCUCCUCCUGAUAGCAGAUUGACUCGUCCUCUGCUAUCAGAGCAGAUAAUCAACUCACCACUGUCUUCACCGUCAAGUAAUACCCCAGAUCCAUGUGCAAAGGAGACUGUACUGAGUGCUCUCAAAGAAAGGAAGAAAAGGACAGUGGAGGAAGAGGACCAAAUAUUUGAUGAUGGUCAGGAAAAUAAAAGAAGGCGCCAUGAUAGCAGUGGAAGUGGACAUUCAGCAUUUGAGCCCCUGGUGGCCAAUGGAGUCCCAGCUUCUUUUGUGCCUAAGCCUGGGUCUCUAAAGAGAGGGCUCAAUUCCCAGAGCUCAGAUGACCACUUGAAUAAGAGAUCCCGUACCUCUUCUCUGAGUUCCUUGACGAGUACAUAUACAGGUGGUAUUCCAAGCUCCAGCCGCAAUGCCAUCACCAGCUCUUACAGCUCUACUCGAGGUUUCUCUCAGCAUUGGAAGAGAAGUGGUCCCAGUUCAUCACCCUUCUCCAGCCCAGCUUCAUCCCGCUCCCAGACACCAGAGAGGCCAGCAAAGAAAAUCAGAGAAGAGGAGCUUUCUCAUCCUUCUAGUUCUUCGACUCCAUUGGUAACAGAGAAGGAGUCCCAGGGAGAAAAAGUUGCAGAUACAACAACAUGGAAAAAACAGAACUCGUGGAAUUCCCCAUCUACACCUGGCAGCUCUGGGCAACGCAAAAGAAAGAUCCAGCUACUGCCCUCCAGGCGAGGAGACCAGUUGACCUUGCCUCCACCUCCCCAGCUUGGUUAUUCGAUCACUGCUGAAGACCUAGACUUGGAAAAGAAAGCUUCAUUGCAAUGGUUUAACAAAGUCUUGGAGGAGAAACCUGAUGCCGCCUCGAGCUCUGUCACUGAGAACCCACCUCCCACCCAGCCUUUUACUUUUACUCUGCCUCCUGCUGGGGCGGCUGCUUCCCCAGCCCCUCCCCCCGCCCCGAGCACUAACCCACUGUUGGAGAGCUUGAAGAAGAUGCACAGUUCCCCAGGCCUGCCAUCCUCCCCAGAAUCUGCUGGAGCAGCAACAACCACCGAGACCCAUUCAUCUCCUAAGACUACUGGCCUCCCAGUGCCUCUUGGCUCUUCACAGUCAGGGCCCCUUCCAAGCACCUCCUCAGACUCCAAGCCUACAGUCACUUUCUUGGGCCUGACCCCUGCAUCUUCCACAGUACCAAUCACUGACACCACCAAGUCACCUCUGGCCCCUCAGGCUGACACGCCCGCCAAACCACAAACCCUAGCUGCGCCAUCCCCCACCCCCAAGCAAAGUAUUCUGUUUGGAAUGCUGAGCACCCCCCCACCUAACCCUCCUGCCUCUGCAGCUCCUGAUGUGUCUUCAGCAUCUCCCACAUUCAAGCCCAUUUUUGAGGCCCCACCUAAAAGUGAGAAUGAAGGCCCCUUGCCAUCAAGCCCUUCCAAGGUCACAAGUGCAGCGUCUUCCACCUCUGCCCUCCCCAUGACCCCCAGCACCUCACCCCUCACGUUCAAGCCUAUCUUUGACAGCAUGGGGCCAGCUACAUCUGCGCCCAUGUCCACUCCCCUGUCAACUCCCUUCUUCAAUCAGACAUCUACUCCAGCUACUACCACAAGCGCGCCUCUCUUCUCUGGCCAAGUCAGUGCCACCUCUGCAGUGGCUUCCAUGAGCACAGCCAGCACAUCUGCGGACUCUGCUCCCAAGCCUGUGUUUGGCUUUAGCAUGAGCACCGUGACAAACACCACGAGCAGUGCAACCAGCACCACCACUUCCGCCUCCCAGCCUUUCCUCUUCGGGACUCCCCCCGUCUCUGGUGCCAGCUUUACCCCCACCCUAAGCUCCAUAUUCCAGUUUGGCAAAUCUCCUGCCACACCUGCUUCAACAACAGUCACCACCUUUGGCCAGUCCCUUCCCAGUGCUGUUCAGACAGCCACCAGCAGCGGCACCGCUGCCUUCAGCGGCUUUGGCAGCGCCCUGACCACCUCGGCCCCUGUCACCACCAGCCAGCCUACACUGACAUUCAGUAGCACCACCACCCCGGCAUUCAACAUUCCCUUUGGCUCCAGCACGAAGCCCACCCUCACAUCCUACCCGGGAGCCAACCCCCAGCCCACCUUUGGGGCCACUGAUGGGCAGCAGCAGGGGGCAGCCAAGCCAACCCUGGCCCCGAGCUUCGGCAGCUCCUUUGCCUUCGGGAACUCUGCAGCCCCGGCCCCCAGUGCCGCUCCAGCGCCAGCCCCGGCCCAGCCCGCCUUUGGCAGCACUGCGCAGUCAGCUUUCGGUGGUUUGAAACCCACAGCCUCUGCCUUCGGCACCUCCGCCAGCACCCAGCCCGCCUUUGGCAGCACCACAGCUGUCUUCUCCUUCGGUGCAGCCACCACCUCUGGCUUUGGAGCUACAACCCAAACUACCAGCAGUGGGACCAGCUCUAGCUCACUGUUCGGUAGCACAACGCCAUCGCCUUUCACGUUCGGGGGCUCGGCGGCCCCAGCUGCCAGCGGGGGCUUUGGGAUCAAUGUGGCUACCCCGGGCACCAGCUCCACCUCAGGGGCUUUCAGCUUUGGAACAGGACAGAGUGGGACCACUGGCAAUGCCACCCCAUUUGGGGGGAGCUUGAGUCAGAGCACCUUGGGCGCCCCCAGCCAGAACACACCCUUUACCUUCAAUGUGGCCAGCACACCAGAGAGCAAACCUGUGUUCGGAGGCACCUCCACACCCACCUUUGGUCAGAACAGCGCUGCUCCUGGGGUGGGCACAUCAGGUGGCAACCUCUCCUUUGGGGCAUCCUCAACACCUGCCCAAGGUUUUGUUGGAGUCGGGCCUUUCGGAUCAGCGACCCCUUCAUUUUCCAUUGGUGCAGGAUCCAAGACCCCAGGGGCGCGACAGAGACUGCAGGCCCGAAGGCAGCACACUCGCAAGAAAUAGCCUUUCUCCCCUGCCCUCGCUCCCCCACCCCCACCCCGCCCAAUCUGGACCUCAGCACCUGCUAGGAAGAGCCUCUGACCUUUCUAGUUCCGGAAGGCCAACCUGCCUGCUGGCUUCAGUCACCAGGGAGGUAGUGGCAGCCAUUGUGGCCUUUCCUGCCCCUGAAGGGAGAAGCCUCAAGGCCUCUUGAGGGGAGGGGGAGGCAGGAUAUGGCAGAGCAAAGCCUGAUUACCUUACUUGAACAGUUCCAUUGGUGAGGCUGGAGAAAAACUAAAGAAACAUCUGUACAUAGCGUCCUUACUCCCGACUCCUAUUUAGCCUAAACGCUUAGUCAGGUCGCCUCCCUCGCUGCCUCCUCUCCCACUUCCCCCCUCGCUGGACAGUAGCAGGUACAGCCUCUGCCCACUUGAAUCUCUUAUGUGUGCUCGAUGGGUUUGGGGGGAAUAGAUGAUCCCUGAAGUUUUACCUUGCUUCGCUUGGCUAUAAAGUUCUCCCCUCUGGUCCCCAUAGAGGACUGUUUCCCCAUUUCUUGCUGCUUUGUCCCCUCACUGGUUCUGUAGGAUUUACUCCUUUUCAGAUGACCUUGAAUUUAGCUUUGGCUUGGAGACCCCAGUGGGUGCUGCUCCUGCUGUUCACUCCCUCCUGCCAAGUCUGAGUCAGUUUCAUCCCCAGGCCUCUGCCAGUUUGGCCCCUAAAAGCUUGGUGGCUCGACUGUUAGCCUGGCAGACCUUGGGGUGACACCUUGCUCCACAAGAGGGAAACUCUUGGAGCAGGCAGGAUGCCCACCGCUGCUUUCAGCUGCCGCCUCGCCCACUUUCCUCACUGGGCUCGCCUGCCUCUCCGGGAUUGUAUGUUUAAGCCUUGUCCUGUGUUACUGUCUGAUGCUCACGUCUAUUGCUCUUUGAAUCGAGUUUGGAGGAAGAAUUGAAUUGUAUGAGUGGCGGCAUGUUGGUAGUGCCGGACUUAACUGUUUCAAGUUUCUGGGGCCUAGCUAAUUGAACGUGGAAAGUAGCACCACUUCACGGCCACAAGUGCUGACUCCUGGAUUUUCAAAUGGUGUUUUGACUUUAAGGGCUGGCAGCCCAGGAGGACAGGGCCUGGGGGAGCAGAGACCUCGCUCUCACCUAACUGGAGGCCAGAUCACCCCAUGUAUGUACUAGAAAGUUAUCUCUAUAUAAGUUAAUGAACCACACUUUAAAAUUCUUAUAUUCUGUUCCCCCCCACUCACCUCCACCCCACGGCCUCCACCCCUCCUUUUCUUCCUUUGUUCCAAAACCUCAUACCCCAGGCCCAAGAGCCUUGCUGCCAUGCCCAUUCUCUUUGGGAGAAGUAUGAAUGCGUGUGUCUAAAUUAAAAGAAAAAAAUAUUUAAACAUUUUUUAACAAAAUAAAAAUUUAUUUUUGUAUUUAAGCUAAAUUGCCUUUUAAAUUCCUUCAAGCUUGGUUCAUUGAGGUGGUUACGUAUAAAUGCUAUUGACUAGGAAUUAGCUGUAUAGUUAAGUUAUGCCUGUGUGAAGAGGAGGCUCAAAUGCUGUCGCAGGCAGCUUUCCUGAGGGACUAGAGCUCCUUCUGGACACAUUAUAUAAAAUGUAAUUCUUAUUUUAUAAAUAAUGUGAUGUAGAUGUAACUAGUCCCCUCCCCCUUUGUGACUGAGGUUGAAUGUGUUUUGGCAGGGGACUGCUCCUCCCCGUCCCCAAGAAGAGCUCUGUUAAUACCAAGCUGUGUGUGGAGCUGAGGCGGGGCCUGAACCUCAAGUCCCAAAUACCUGGUAGGAUUGGAGGGGUGGGGGGGGUAGGGCACGGGUCUAGAAAUCAAGCUUCUACCUAUACCUUAAGUAAGGUAGAUCCUCUUAGUUUUAGUACACUGAGCUAGUUUACCUCAGUUCCACAGGCAGGACAGUUGGUCCAGGAAUCCCCCUUCCCCAAAGAGGGUGUCCUGGCCUGGCCUGAGUGUGUGUGUGUAUGUGUGUGUACCUGUAUGUGCACUGGACAGGAACGGGAGGCUGGGACUUUCCAUACAAAUACUUAAUUCCUGUUGAGUCUAGUUGGAAUUUUUAGUAUGAAUGUGAAAUUUCUCCUGCUUAUGUCAUUAAGAAUAAAGAAACUGUGAUCUAUCGUAGACCAUGUUCUGC